GACACGCUAUCUCUCUGUCUCUCUGUCUGUCUGUCCUUUAGGACGCUGCUGAUGAACGCCGGGGCCGUGCUCAACUUCAGGCUGAGGAAGAGAGACACGGAGGGCUUCGGCGAGGAGUCGAGGGAACCCACGACCGGUGACAAUAUCAGAGAGUUCUUGCUGAGUCUCAGAUAUUUUCGAAUCUUCAUUGCCUUGUGGAAUGUCUUCAUGAUGUUCUGCAUGAUUGUGUUAUUUGGAUCUUGAAAGUCAUCCACAGAUACGCCUGUUAACUUGGAAGAGACUUUUGGCUGGAAACAACUUUUCUAUAGAGUAAAAGAUUAUAAUGCUUUCAAAACACCGCCCUGGGAUUGUGGCCUGUUCUUUGGUACAAACCCCUAACACGCUCCUGGGAUGGGACAUGUUCAUCCUCUUCAGCUAGUCGUGUAAUAAUACGGUGCAUGCUGGGGGAAUUGAGCCUUUAGGCCGCUGAGCUAAAAAUCUUCAAAGUAAAAUUAUUUCAACUUUACUGAAAUAAAAGAGAACUUUACAUUGUUUUGCUAGUCUUAGAGAGCGGUGCCCGGUAUGCAGAGUAGAACUGGGGCAUGACUGAAGACCAUGGUCUUAAAUCUCUGUGUUGUCAGUCACUCCCAGCUCUGGAUGUGUCUGCUAGUGUCACCGUGGCAUAGGGUACUUGGAAGUUGCACUUGAUUCUCAUUUUUAUAAAGCUGAGCAAAGUAUUGGUGUAACUUCACUAUUCCAUUUAGUUUUGUUGCAGAAAUAGGAUUUAAAAAAAACGGGAUUCUCACCUUCUCGCUGUUUUUCCAACAAAAUACUUCCUAAAUUAAAAUUUCAAAGAUAAGGGUGGGGUUUUUUUUUCUAAGCAGUAUAUAAGGGAUUUUGAAUAGCAAAAAUAAUUCUAUAAGCCAAUGCUAAGGCAUAGUUUUGAAAUAAUCCUGGAUUUGGUUCAAUAAAGUUGUUCUAUUUAAGGGUAAAAUGUCAUCUGAUGCUGUGUUUAUUCUCUUGCAAGAAAAAUAAAUUCCGUAUUGGUGUGUUUUUUGAGAAAUUUUA